GAAGCCGCACAAUUGGCCGCUCUUGCUACAGGAGUGCGCGAUCAGGAUGAUCUUGAGCGAGACAUUGGACGUCAAGCGGACCAAAUGCUCACGGAGCAGGCGGACGAGAGAGACAAGAAACGCUUGGAGAAGACACAAAAGGAGAAAGAUCGUCUUCUAUCAGCGAUACGGAUGCUGGAGAGGAAGCUGGCUGACUUUGGUAACUCGACUACCAAGAACAGAUAUCGGAAGGAGAUUGAGCACAAUCGCGCAUUGAUCAAGCCUCUCGACACGGACUUGGAGCAGAUACAGAAGCGCAUGGACGAUCGCCAUCGGGCAGGAGAUGAGCAGGGUGGUGAAACGGCCGCUGAGGAUGCGGGCAAUAAGCGUAUGGCGGGAGAGAGCCAACGAGAGUUUCUCAUUCGUACAGGAAAGAUCACGCCAUUCUCCAAGGUUGGCAUGCACUUGCUCAAGCAGUCCUCAAGUCUGGGCGAUGUGCUGUUGGAUGCGGAGGAAGGUAACGAUGAGGAUGAUGAAGACAUGGAGACAGCAGCUCAGGAGGAGGCGAACGGGGCAGGUCCAAUCUCGCAUAGGAAUUUGCUCAUGCCGGGAUUCGACCAGGCGGAGACCAGCGCGGCAACCAGCACGGCGGGCGACACAGACGCAGAUGCAGCACUGGCCAGGAAGCUACAAGAUGAAGAGUUUGCAUCUGAGAGACCGGCGAAGCGGAGACGUCUACAGACAAGACGACGAGCGGCAUCGGAAGAGGCGAGCACAGCUGCAGAUGACUCGGAUGCUGCAUUCGUCCCAGGAGUGGCGGAGGAGGAAGAUGCUGAUCCAAUUGGGAUGUCUGGUGAUGAUGAAGACGACGAUGCGAUGCCGACUACGGCUGCUCAGCGCAAAGCACGAGGGAAGAAGCGGACACCGAAGCGAAGCGCAGAGGAAGAGCAAGAAGACCUUGCAGGUAUUGAUGAUGGAGACGAAGGUGUCUAUCAAGCAAGGUUAAAAAGCUGGGUACAGAGGAGACGAGCUGCCAGACUUCGGCAGAAAGGAUCGGGUGCCGCUGCAGAGAACGACGAGGAGGAAGACGUCGAUGUGACAUCCAUCCCGGAAGAUAUACAAGGAGGACAGCCAGAGUGGCAGAUGCCUCAUCCGAGCAGACCUGAUGCUGGGUUCGAUGGUGGUUUCCGAAUACCUGGAGAUAUAUAUCCAUCACUAUUCGACUAUCAGAAGACUGGAGUCCAAUGGCUGUGGGAAUUGUUCUCCCAGCAAGUAGGCGGCAUCAUUGGUGACGAGAUGGGUCUGGGCAAGACCAUUCAGAUCAUCUCGUUCUUGGCUGGUCUGCAUUACUCAAACAAGCUCACCAAGCCAAUCAUUGUGGUCUGCCCUGCGACGGUGAUGAAGCAGUGGGUGAAUGAAUUUCAUCGUUGGUGGCCGCCGUUGAGAGUGUCUAUCCUACACACUUCUGGUAGCGGCAUGCUUGACCUGCGUCGAGAAACGAGCUUCGAAGAUGAGCUCGAAGAAGACAGUUUCCAGCGCAAGAGGACCCAUAGCAAAGGUUACAACUCUGCCAAGCGGAUUCUGAACCGGGUCGUUCGUGAUGGGCAUGUCUUGGUGACGACAUAUUCUGGGCUGCAGACGUAUGCGGAGCUUCUCAUUCCGACAGACUGGGAGUAUGCAGUGCUCGAUGAGGGUCACAAGAUCCGCAAUCCCAAUACCUCCAUCACGAUCUUCUGCAAAGAGCUCCGCACACACAAUCGGGUCAUUCUCUCUGGCACGCCAAUGCAGAAUAAUCUGACAGAGCUGUGGUCUCUGUUCGACUUCGUCUUCCCCAUGCGACUUGGCACCUUGGUGAACUUCAAGAGCCAAUUUGAAGUACCCAUCAAACAGGGCGGGUACGCCAAUGCAUCGAAUCUUCAAGUUGAGACGGCGAUGAAGUGCGCGGAGACGUUGAAGGACACGAUCUCACCUUAUCUUCUCCAACGAUUCAAGGUUGACGUUGCGGCCGAUCUGCCCAAGAAGAGCGAACGCGUGCUCUUCUGCAAAUUGACGAAACUACAGCGCGAUGCCUACGAGUGGUUCCUUCGCUCCGAUGACAUGUCUUCCAUCAUGAAUGGCAAACGACAGGCACUCUACGGGAUCGACAUUCUACGAAAGAUCUGCAAUCAUCCAGAUCUGGUUGAGCACAAAACUUUGUCGAAGAAGACUAGCUAUGCAUAUGGCACCGGCAGCAAAUCUGGAAAGAUGCAAGUUGUCAAGGCUCUGCUUGAGAUCUGGAAACGCAACGGUCACAAGACAUUGCUCUUCGCGCAACAUCGUAUCAUGUUGGAUAUCCUCGAGAGUUUCAUUCAAGGCAUGAAGGGCUUCAACUAUCGUCGCAUGGAUGGCAAUACAUCCAUCAAGGAUAGGCAAGACCUCGUCGAUGAGUUCAACAAGGAUCAGAAUUUGCACGUAUUCCUCCUUACGACAAAAGUGGGUGGACUUGGAGUCAAUUUGACUGGAGCAGAUCGUGUCAUCAUCUACGACCCUGACUGGAACCCUUCGACCGAUGUGCAAGCCCGCGAGCGAGCCUGGCGUCUCGGUCAGAAGCGCGAGGUCGAGAUCUACCGUCUCAUGACAGCAGGCACCAUUGAGGAGAAAAUCUAUCAUCGUCAGAUCUUCAAGCAGUUCCUGACCAAUAAGAUUCUCCGUGACCCAAAACAGCGACAGACAUUUCACCUGAAAGACCUCCACGACCUCUUCACCCUCGGUGAUGCCAGCGACGGCCCGACCGAGACUGGCAGCAUCUUCAAAGGGACUGAAGUCCAGCUGUCCGGUCCCAAAGCCAGCACCAACAAUCUCCCUACACCUCCCGAAGACGCCGAGAAAGCCCAAGAUCGCGCCGCAGUAAACGACAUCUUCGGCAUCUCCCGUCAAGAAGACUGGCAAGGCGAGGAGGAAGAAACGGCCGAAGCUUCCAACCCAGACGGCACCACUUCCACCAACCGAGACGACCGCGUCCUCUCCUCCAUCUUCGCUCGCACAGGCGUGCAAUCCGCCCAAGACCACGACGCCAUCAUCAACGGCGCACGCGCUCCCCUCCGCGCGGACCCGGUCAUGAUCGAGCGCGAAGCGAAACGCGUGGCAUCUCAAGCCGCGAAGGAAUUGCAGCGUGCUGGGGAGAUCGCUCGCUCUUUACCGGCCGGUGUACCGACUUGGACGGGCCAAAUGGGUCGCGCGGGCCGCACACCAAGUCCACCUCCCUCAGCGCGAGGCGGUAUGCGUGGCGGGCGUGGCGGGAGAGGCGGUAUGCGUGGUGGAGGACCGAGUUCUGCAUCUGUGCUUGCGAAUCUUCAAGCCCGCCAACUGGGCAAUACGCCGUCCUCCGCCUCCACACCCGCGGCUUCCUCCCUUCACCGCGGUGCACGUCGUGGUGGCAGAGCAGAAGCCGAUCAACCCAAAGGCAAAGACUUUCUCGUCCUGAUCAGAGACUACCUCCUCGCUCAAGGUGGCGCGGCGUACACGCAAAUGCUGAUCGAUCACUUCAAUCACUUUUGUGGCAGUGAGCAGAGGACGGCAGAGUUCAAGGCGAUGUUGAAGACGAUUGCGGAGCUGGAGAAGGGAGGACGGGGCAGGGGAAAGUGGAGGUUGAAGGAGGAGUAU